AUGGACGCCGUCAACGCAUUUAACCACGAGUUAUUCUCGUUGAUGGAUUCCAAGCCCCCAAUUUCCCGAGCUAAGAUGAUAUCAAUCACCAAAUCGGCCAUCAAAGCUAUGAAACUGUACAAACAUGUGGUCCAAAUUGUGGAAAAGUUUAUCAAAAAGUGUAAGUCUGAGUACAAAGUUGCUGGUCUUUAUGUGGUAGACUCUAUUGUUCGACAGUCUAGACACCAGUUUGGAGCCGAUAAGGAUGUUUUUGGACCUAGAUUUACCAAAAAUAUUGUUGGAACUUUUGAAAAUCUCUGCCUUUGCCCAUUAGAAGACAGGAGUAAACUAGUGCGUGUUCUUAAUCUAUGGCAGAAAAACGGUGUGUUCAAAAUUGACAUAAUUCAGCCUCUCUUGGACAUGGCAGCAGCUAACACCAGUGCUGCUACCUUCUCGGAGGCAGAUGAGUCAGCCUAUUCUCCACCAUCACCCAAAGACGCUCAUCCUGAAGAAGAGGUCCCAAACUCCACCGUGGCCACGACGACUGCUCAGCUCCAAACCUCCAAUGCCUUGGCUGCAGUGGCUCAGCUUUUCCAAUCCACACAAGGGCAGCAGCUUCAGCAGAUGCUCCAGAAUUUUCAACCAAAACCUGUAAAAGCAGAGGCCAUAAUGCAGCCACCACACCCCCUGAGUCAGAGCAUCGCCACAAGCCUUGGGCUGGUCCCUCCACACCCCCCUCUGCCCCCAGCACCAGCGCAGCCACCAACGCAGCAGUCAACUGCAUUAGCCAAGACACUGCUGGAUCGCUUUGAUUAUGACGAUGAACCAGAUGCUGGUGAAGAAACCAAAAAGGAUGAACUGCAACCUUCAAUUAGUACACAGGCCCCCUCAGCCUUGCCACAGCACACGGAGCACUUUAAACAGAUGUUGCAAGAUCUUUCACAGGGUCCACCGCCUCUUAAUGGCCAGCCACAAAUGUUUGGCUUGCCACCUGGUCAGGUAUUUCCUGGAGGAGUUAUGAUCCCUCCUCCAGGACAGUUUCAGAUGGGACAACCUCCUCUAGGCUCAGUGGGGCCCACUGGCUUCCAGGGGGGUUAUCCCCCUCAAAAUUCAGGCCAACAGCAACAGGAUUUAUCAACGGAUACAGAGGCGUCCAUGAAGGAUGGAAAACACCGUCGCAGAUCACACUCCGGCUCAAGGUCACCAAAGCGGAGGAGGUCGCGGUCAAAUUCCCGGUCCCGGCGUUCUCGUCACCGGAGGUCUCGCUCCAGAGAGCGGCGCCAUCAUUCACCACGCUCACGUUCACAGGAGCGCAGAGAGCGCGACAGGGAGCGCAGGCAGAGGGGGCUCCCUCCUCUGAAGAGUCACACACUGAGUGUUUGCACAACAACACUCUGGGUUGGACAGCUGGAUAAAAGAACGCAGCAACAAGAUGUGGAAUGUUUAUUUGAGGAGUUUGGACAGAUCGACUCAAUUAAUAUGAUCCCACCGCGUGGUUGUGCAUAUAUUGUCAUGGUGCAUAGACAAGAUGCAUACAGGGCCCUACAAAAGCUUGGCCGAGGGAAUUUCAAAGUGAACCAGAAAACCAUUAAGAUUGCGUGGGCAUUGAACAAAGGGAUUAAAGCUGAUUUUAAACAGUAUUGGGAUGUGGAUAAUGGGGUCGUAUACAUACCAUGGUCAAAGAUGAAAGAGGAAGACCUCAAUGAGCUCAAAGAUGGGGCCACACUGGAUAUAGAAUCUUUGGCACCAGAGUGGAGUUCAGCAAGUAAAACUCUUGAAAUCUCAGAAGAAAUCACUCACAAUGGCCGCACUGAGCCACAGCCAGAAGAAUCCCAAGUGGUCCCUCUCCUCACGCCUGCCGCAACCACUGUCCCUCCUGUUCAGAUUGCCCCUGCUCAGCCUACCGCGGUGACAGCAGUUGGUGCGGUCCAGCCCCCUGUGUUCCCAGGUCCCAUGGGUGUGCCUUUGCCUUCCUUUCCCCCUGGCAUCCCUCCACCUUUCCUCCGACCAGGGUUCAACCCGUUGCAUAUGCCUCCAGGCUUUCUACCCCCUGGUGGAAUGCCGCUGGGCCCACCCCCGUCAAAACCAGAGAAUCCUCCAGUGGACCCAGCCAGUCUUGGUAACAGACAACAUGAAAACAUGCGAGAUGGACCAAUGCUUUUUAACCACUUAGGACCUAUGGGUAAUCUUAUUAUUGGUCAUCCUGGUGGUCUAGCUCCAGGUCCUACUGGGAUCCCCAGGGGUCCUCCCCCUGCUGGACUCAGUGGUCUGCCCGGAGGGAUACCGGGUGGUCCUCCUGUGACCCUCUCAGGGGCCCCAGAGGAGGCCCCCUCAGUAGUCUACCUGGUGCUCCACGCUUUGAGGGUCAACAUGUCGGCCCCCCCUUUGGUGCACCACAUGGUGGGCCAAGACCCAGUCUGCCCGGCCCUUUGCCUCCUGCAGGAUUCCACGGUGGGCCACCUGGAGGACCCCCUAAUGAAGGACUUCACGGCGGUUUCCAUGGUGGUCUCCAUGGUAAUGGAUUACUCAGAGGACCACCACCUGGUGCUGUACCUGGAAGUUUUCAUGGUGGUCUGCAUGGAGGUCCACCAAGUGAGGGUCACCCUGGCGCUGCUCCUGGUGGUGGUCUGCUUGGUCCAAGAGGAGCCCCACCCGGUGGUCCUCCUGGAGCCCCGUCCCUUGAGGAUCAGCAUGUUGGGCCCCCUGUCGGGGGUCUUAUUGGUAGUCCACCUGGUGGUCCCAGGUCUGGACCACCUGCAAACAUUCAUUCAAGUGGGGGUCUUCUUGGUGCCCGGCCAGGACUCAUCCCUCUCCAGCGCCCCCCUGGUUUUCCUCCUCCUCAAGGCUCUCACCCCGGGGGUCCUGCGCCUUCUCAAAUUAUGGAUCGAGGACAGCACUCUCAAAUGCAUCCUGAUGAUUUGCCAAGCUUCCCUCCACACAAUUCAAGGGGUUCUUUCCCUCCUCAGGGCCCACCUUCAUUCACCAGACCGGGAGGUCCUCGGGGUGACCGUGGCAGAGAGAGUCCAGAGGAAAUGGAAGGACGUCUGUUCAGAGGGGAGCGGCCUGGGUUUAUGGACCGUGAACCUGAGAGAGACUGGGACCGGGACAGAGAGCGCGGCUUUGGGGGUGGGAGACGUUCUUUUGGUGAGGGAGGGAGGGGAGGGGACAGAACUGAUGGAAGAGACAGAUCUUCAGGAUGGCAGGACGAUGGGAAUUUGCGUGGAGGAUGGGAGCGAGACCGCGGACGAGAUCGAGACCGUGAGCGAGACAGAGACCGAGACAGAGACCGACGGGACUGGAGGGAGAGACGAAACAGUCCAGAUAGAGACAGAGGACGGGACACAGGAGAAAAGAGGGAGGCAGGGGACAAGAGGGAGGCUGUGGAGAGGCGAGAUAGAGGGAGGGGGGAACGAUUGGAGCGAGGCAGCAGAGAUCGAGACCGAGGGAGAUCAGUGUAAAGCUGCAAAAAUGGUCCUUAAAGCAGUUUGUGUUUUGAAAGGAGCUGGUGACACGAGCGGCACUGUUCAUUUUACGCAGGAGGGUGAUUCAACGCCUGUCCAAAUCACUGGAGAAAUCAAAGGCCUUACUCCUGGUGAGCAUGGCUUCCACGUCCAUGCAUUUGGUGACAACACAAACGGCUGCAUCAGUGCUGGUCCUCACUUUAACCCUCACAACAAGACUCAUGCUGGUCCCAAUGAUGCGGACAGGCAUGUGGGAGACCUUGGCAACGUUACUGCAGGAGUUGAUAAUGUCGCCAAGAUCAACAUCACAGAUAAGGUCAUCUCUCUUGCUGGCCCCAAUUCUAUCAUUGGCAGAACUAUGGUGAUACAUGAAGGGACUGAUGACCUUGGAAAAGGGGGCAACGAGGAAAGCUUAAAAACUGGCAACGCUGGAGCACGUCUGGCCUGUGGAGUCAUUGGUAUUGCCCAGUAA